GGGGUCGUCGAUCCCAAUGGCAGUUCUGGACUGCGACGACGCUUGGACGGCGUGUUGAGGAGGACGUCCAGUCUCCAGCCAGUCAGUCACAGGCCAAACAUGUUCUCACCAGAGAAAAAGAACUCACGACCAUUCCGGUACACACCGAUUCGACAAACAUCCAUUUCUUGGCUCGUUGAAAUCCCGAUACGUCGACACAACACUCACCUCUCUGUUUCGCAAGAACAUCGAGCUCGACGACACUGGCUUACGUUCUGCACACCGCAAAGCGAUCGCCAUAUAUUGAUAAAGAUCCGCCCUUGUGUUGUGUUGGUUGCGAUCGCUUCGUCAUGGAGUCCUCCCUGCGCUCACCAGCCUCACCACGUCGCAUGAACGUAUCCUCGAUCAAUCGUCCAAUCCACUUUGCGUCUGGCUAUUUCCAGGGACAAACUAUCCGUGCGGAGUUGAAGGAGAUUCAAAAAGCUGAUCUGGGCAGAAAGUAUGCAAGGGUGGAUCGAAGGCCUCUUGAUCCGCCUCCUGUCGUCCAGCUCAAGUUAUACCAGGUGUUUAACUAUGGUACUGAGUCCCAAUAUGAAAAGGAGUUAUGUGAUUACUCGGAAGUCCAGACACUCGGUCUGCUGUGUUGUGUGGACCUAUUCCCCGUGCGUGCCCCAGAAUCCGCACAGGUUUCAGGGCGCGAACCACGUCAGCUCUCGCGUUUCACGGGUAGCCUGGACCUUCCUCAAUGCUCAUCGUCUUGCACACCAAACUACCACCGGUACCCGCGUUAUGAUGCGAAUCCACAUACUACAUCAACACUGAACCAGAGUGGCUCGCAUGAAAACAUGCCUGCGCUGCUGUCCUCCGUAACUCCCACAAACCUCGGCAGCUCCGUCACGGAAGAGAUGAAGUGUACCACUUCCCUGUCAGGCGCGAUGUUUGUCCAGCCUACUGUAAUUGACUACGACGGCCGAAGAGCACUUCUUUUUGCUUUUUCAGACCUUGCCGUUAAAGUCGAGGGUUACUUCUUCCUUCGGUAUCGUUGCUUCGACCUAUUCUCACGUAUAUCCGGCCAAGAGGAAGUACCCAUUCAAGGCGAAUGCUACGGUGGGCAGUUCAGGAUUUACUCUACAAAGGAGUUCCCUGGACUUCAACCUUCGACGGAACUUACCAAGCAACUCGCUAGAUACGGUGUCAGAUUGAACACCCGCGAAACCGAGAGAAAACGCAAGAGAAAAUCACCUCCCUCCGCCUCGGGGAGUGUGCCCGUGAAGGGAAAAGAAAGGGAGACUGAAAGCGAUAGCGACUACGAGUAAAACUGCGCUUUCUCUCCACUCGGAUUCCUCUGCAACGGGACGUUCCAGCGUAGUGCAUACCAGUUUACCUAUUCGGCAGCGGGGAGCGCUUUGUGCAUGGGUUUAUCUAUGUUAUUUUCCCUCGAUUUAGGUUGGGACUGGUGGUGGUUGGAGGUUGUAAGCUGGGUAGAGGUUGCGGUACAUAUGUCAGUCGUAGUGUACGUUAUGCAGGGGUUGCUGAUUACAUAAGCGAG